AUGUCAAUGCAUCAUCCGCAGAAAGGAUGGACACCGCUACACAAUGCCUGUGUUAGAGGUCAUGUCAAAGUGGCGGAGAUGUUGUUGAAGCACGGUGUGAAUACAAAAGCCAAGGACGACUAUGGCCGAGCUCCACUGCACUAUGCCUGCGAGAAGGGCCAUGUCAAGGUGGUGGAGAUGCUGUUGAAGCACGGUGUUGAUGCCAAAGCCAGGGACGAUGUGAGUAAUUCCAUCUUUCCGGACCUUCUGGAAAUGUAUGGCCGGACUGCAGUCCAUUAUGCCUGCGAUCAAGUCUAUGUCAAGGUGUUGGAGAUGCUGGUGGAGCAUGGCGCUGAUGCAAAAGCCAUGGACGACGUCAGUACCUCCCACUUGCUCUUCCGUCUUAUGAUGUAUGGCCGGACACCACUGCACUAUGCCUGCCAUACCGGUCGUGUCAUGGUAGUGUUGAUGCUGUUGGAGCAUGGUGUCGAUGCAAAAGCGCAGAACAAGGUCAAUACUUCCCUCUUUCCCAUUAACCUCCCUCUGCUGGGCGGCCGAGCACCACUGCACUAUGCCUGCUAUAACGGCCAUGUCAAGGUGGUGGAGACACUGUUGGAGCACGGCGUUGAUGCUGAAGCCAAGGACGAGAGAGGGGAGACGGCCUUCGAUGCUGGACGUCGACGUGGGCAUGCCAACAGGCUGGAGCCCGUCUUCGCUGCCCACGAGGCUCGCCUUGCACAGCUAUUUGCCUGGCUGCCGCCCUUGCCCAGUCCUGCACCGUCCCUUGAGAGUGUACGAGAGGGUUCCUCGACGGGCGGCGGCAGCUGCACAUCGUCGAGUACAUUUAUGCAAUCCUUCCAGAGGGAUCUGGCAGGUGGUCGAUGCUUGCACUCCAAUACUGCCUUGAACUGGCCUGCCUUCAAAGCGACCAUCACCCGCGCCCUCGGCGUCCUCGACCAAGCAGUGCAAGUUCCCGAAGCGCUACAGGGCUGCCUCAGCCAACUGGACCCCAACAUUGACAAUCUAGAAUCGGUACUUGAAAAGAUGCAAAGUCUAACAGAGCAGAUUGAGCUCCAACCAGUAUAUCUUGAACUCCAGAACAUCUUGGCAAAAUGUCCGGCUCCAGCCACCGCGCCCACGACUGCGUUUGAGACGCCACCCACCGACUUUGCAGCAGCUCUGGGCAAACUCGUCAUGCUGCACAAUGUGGAACCCGAGCGCCAAGAACGGCUUACCAGCACCAAUACCAAUAUCAAGCGGCGGGUGCUGGCGUUGAUUGAUGCUCUGGACGUCGUGGCAAAGGCGGGUACCACCGACACUGCUUUGAUGCAUCGCGUGGACACGUUACGGCAACGCGCACAAUGCUCGGAUGUGAGCGCACCACUUUCGGCCAAGUCGUUACCCGAGGCGUGGGAGCAGCUGUGCCAGGCUCACGAACGUCUCAGCUCGCCCAAACAGAAUGGGCUGGAGCAGCUCGCAGACUGGAGAGCAGAACACGAUUAUGAGCAUCAGGACUGGUACCUGGCGUUUGUGCUGCACGAGACACAAGCCCUGUUGCAGCAGCUGCACGAUAUGAUCGACUGGCAGGCCAAGACGCUCUCCGUGGUGACCUUAUGCGAAGAAUAUGCAAGCAGCAUCACGCAGAGCAGCGCAGAUCAAGUUGUAUCCAUUCAUGAGGAGGUGGCCGAGCUGCAGAAGAAAAUUCAGGCAACCACAGCAUUCUUGGCUUUUGUGUCAGACGACAUGCGAGCUGGUAUACAAGCCAACCUGGAUGAAGAGAAGGAGCGACUAUCGACGUUGCAGCAGCAGCUAUCGAAAGCAACACAGGUGGACCAACUGGCAGCACUGGCAGAGCUACUGCACCAACACUUUCCGGCCCUCUUGAUCUUUUUGCACCCUGAGCACAGUGCAUUGGGUGUACACCUCCGCAAAGUACUUGGCCCCGACCUUCCAGCCAGUCUGAUCUUGGAGGCCAUGACCGAAGUGGACCAAGUGUUGACGCUCUCCUGCCUGGGUCAGCUUGAGCUCCAUUACAACCAAAACCACAAGGUGUACAAAGCUCGUGCAGCGCUGCCGAAUCGGCCUGAGCAAGAACAGGAUUUGGCUGUCAAGGAGUAUGCAUUUGCCCAGCAACACAAGCAAAAUCAGUGUCGUACGUUUCUGCGCGAGCUUCGCGCCAUGCGCCAGCUUGAGCAUCCAAACAUCGUUCCAGUAUUCGGUGCGCUUGUGGGCGUGCAUGAUGGCCACCCAAGCGCCUAUCUGGUGCAGCCGUGGUGUACACAGGGGGAUCUGCAGCAGUGGCUCGGCAAGGCGCGGCAUCUGGCCACCUCGACCGUCGUUGCGAGUUUGAUGACGCAGCUGCGCAUGGCCCUGGCGUUUAUGCAUAGCAAGGGCCUGGUGCAUCGGGAUGUCAAGCUGAGCAAUGUGAUGCUGGACGGUGACGAGGACCAACCUGUUGUGCGGCUCGGCGAUUUCGACAUUGCCAAGGCGGCGGCCGAAGCCACUAUGCUACCAUGCACAGCCACUGCGUCGUUGGGCACGACUGGCUAUGUAGCACCGGAGUUGCUAUUUGGAAUGGGUCGUGUAGGUGCACGACCGGCACAGGAUGCCUUUUCCUUUGGCUGUGUGCUAUACAACACCUACAUGUUUCCACAGACGGUGCCACCUGCUCGUUUACCCACGGACCAGCUUGCCGACCAAUGCACAUGGGAUGCAGGGGCAGGAGGUGCAGAAUGCAGUUUUCCGCACUUGGCGGCUGAGAUGUGCAAUUCGACGAGCGAGUUGUACAAGGAAACACGGGCCUUGCUUGCAACAGAUCCAAAGCAGCGGCCAAUUCUCUUCAGCGCCGGGCAAAGAGUGCAGCGACCUGUCACGACUCAAGCUGUUGGACCAGCCAUUGACGUUUUGCGCGACGCACCCGAGCUCAUCCCAGAGGUGGUUGAGCUGCUACAGCAGCUGGGUGCUGACGGGCGGGAGCCAAGCAACAUUGCAGUGCGGCGGGUGGAGCGUGUGCAGAACCCCGUGCUGUGGGAACGGUACAGCGCCAAGCGAUGGGAGAUGCUGCACCGCAUUACAAGUCAGGAGCACUAUGAUCAACUUCAUACGGCCACAAGUCACCAAUAUGCGACGCCCGGAGCAAACGGCGAGCGUAUGCUCAUUAUUACGCGGGCCCUGUUGGGCCGUGCCUAUGUCCAUCCUUCGCCUCCUUUCGGGGCGCUGGCUCCCCCGCUGCUGCCCGAUGCACCCAACAACGAGCGAUUUGAUUCUGUCAUUGCUACACCGCAAAGAACGUUUCGCGAGGUGAUAUUGUUCGACAAUGCCCAGAUUUACCCCGAACUAGUCGUCUACUACACUGCCUAG